GAGUCACACCCAGGUCCAGUUUUAUAUCAGUGACGCAGACUCACACAGCCGGAGCAGCAGCACACAGGUUCAGCUCUACAGCCAGAGCAGAGGAGAAGAACUAAAGCAACAACACAUCUGAGGUGCAGUUCAGAGGCCAGUGUCAUGGAUCAGCUUGAUCAGUUGUUCCGUCCUUUCUUCAAUUUGAAUCAAUAUGAACAACCAACCCCAAAACCAGAUCCUGAAUUCGAUCGUCAAUGGUGGCCAGUGGCGUGGAGUGAAGGUAACAAACAUCUGAUGUUGAGGAAACUGAAGGAUUUCCAGCCAGGCACUGCAGAAGUCCAUGAGCUGAAGAUUCUGCUUCACGGCCCAAUCGGAGCAGGAAAGUCGAGUUUAAUCAACUCCAUCAACACCGUCCUCCAAGGAUACAACGCCGCCGGUGCACUGGCAGAUUCAUCAGCUGGUCAAAGUCAGAGCUUCACUUUAAAGUUAAAAUUUCACAAGCUGAAGAAAGCUGGACCUGGAACUUUCUAUCCAUUUGUCUUUGCUGACAUCAUGGGUCUGGAACCAGAGGAAUCAAAUGGAGUGCAGACUGAAGAUAUGAUCCAAAUAUUACAGGGUCGUAUUAAAGACGGCUACACUUUCAAUCCUGUAAAACCCAUUGAUAAAGGCGACCCAAAGUACAUCAGCAACCCCAGCCUGAAAGACAAAGUGCACUGUCUGGUGAGUGUUCUACCAGCUGACAGAAUCUCCCUCAUCAGUCACAACGUUAUUAAGAAAAUGAGAGCUGUUCGGGAAAAAGCACGUGACUUGGGGAUUCCUCAAGUGGUCGUCAUGUCGAUGGUGGAUAAAGCAUGCCCUCUGGUUAAGGAGAACCUGCGUAAGAUCUACACCAGCAAAAAAAUUAAAGAGAAGAUGGAGGAGUGCAGUCAUAAACUGGGAGUCCCGAUGAACUGCAUCUUUCCUGUGCUGAACUACCAUGAGCAGGUUACCAACGACACGGACAUGGAUCUUCUGAUUCUCAUGGCGAUGACUGACAUCAUUAGAUUCGCCAGUCACUAUGUUGAAGACCAGGUUUACAAUGUCAAUGACUAUGUUGAAAACCAGGUUUACAGAGAAUAAGUUCCUGACGUGUCACGUUCAGUCUCCAACAGAGAAGCAACGUGGAACUGGCUAGUUUCAGGAAUUCACAAUAUGAACAAAGUAUUAAAAGUAUUUAGAAACUAUUAAAACAUGUUUAAUCUUUUCACUUUAUUUAGAUGCAAUUAUUAAACUGCAUUAGAGUAUAUUUAUCUGUGCAUGUGAUAGAUAAAAGAUGUUGGAACAUCUCAUUCAUUCUUUGUUUAGUGAAGAUCACUUUAAGCACUUCAGUUUUUUUAAUUAUAAAAAUACUUACAAUAAAAGUAUGAAUAAAAAAGACGGAUGUAACUGAUGAGAGACAGUAAUCUGGAGUAAUCUUCACUACUGUCACUAUGAGCUUUAUAUAUCUUGGGUUUUUUUUGUAAACAUUUUAAAUUUCAGUGUAAAAAUGAGUUUUUUCUUUCAUUCUGAUGAGCAUGAUAAGAUGAAUAAACAGCAGCAAAUACA